CGAACUUUUUGUUCCGAUCUCGAAAGGUGCAAGGUCUGCAUCCUUCACAAAAUCCAAUCGGCAUGACUGCCAUCAAUCCAGCAUUAAGUUUUCCGAGAGAGCCCCCGCUCCCCCCGAUCCGGGGAAUCCUGGGAACGGAGACUGGGGACAGCGGACGCAACUCGGUGACUCGACAAAGUACGCCCUUUCGGCCAAGCACCUUUAAUCAAGAUCCCGUCGGAACAUCAACCGAUAAUACCGGUUUCUCCAGCAAACUCACAAAUGUCGAAGCACAGCGAAUUAUGUCUGUACUGGUGGAAGCUCAGCGCAAAGUGCAGCUCGUAGGCCUCCUACCGGACGUUAUGGACCGCCGUAUGGCCACUGUCUUUAGUGGAGACACUUUUACAGCAAUUACAGAAAUUCGUCAAUUGGAGGACAAGUACAAUGCACUGCUAGAAAGCAACGAAGAUGACAGCCCGAACAGGGUCUCUGUGGCGUCUGAGUUGAAAGAUACCUCCCGGCAAAUCCGCCAAGCAACAAGGUCGCUCGUCCGUCAUUUUCUCCAGAAUCCAGCGGCGACAAGCAAACUACGAUACCUCAAAUCCACCAAGCUUCCUUCAGUUGCUAAAUUUGAGCAGUUGCUGCAGGAGGUGAAAAUGCUGGUAUAUGAGCGGUUAGGGACAACAGUGGAGGAAGAGAGGGCGAAGCAAGAUCAACUUUCCAUUAUCAUUGCGAAGGAACAGAAGACCAGCAAUGAAGUCAAAGCUCUGCGGGAAGAGCUCGACAAAGCCAGGAAGGAGAGGACCACUGAUAUUAACAAGAAAAACGAAAUCAUUCGACGACUGAAAGAGGAGCUGCGUGAGAUUAAACAACAGGCAGAGGAAACAACAAAGCGACUCGAAGCUCGUUCUAAGCAAAAGGAGGACUCAGAUAUACAGCAGUUCCGGGAUAGGGAAACUGCGUUAAAGCAGGAAACUACCAAUCUUAAAUCACAAUUGGAAGAACUCGUCAAACGGAAUGGAGAAGAAGAAGCCCAACUCCGCAAACGAAAGUUUAAGAUUGAAUCCGAAGUCGAGAACUGGAUACACAAGUACGAUCAAGACAUGGACGAAAAACAAACUGAACUUGAGGAUAUUACGGCUAUAUAUCUUGAAGAAAAAGCUCAGCUCGACGAGCUCACAGCAAGACACUCUGAGUUGAGAAAGGAGUAUGAGGCAAUUAUGGAAGAGCGGCGUGUUGAGGAAGAGAAAGAAAAGGAACGAGAGAAGGAACUAAGGCGUCAGAUGCAUGCCGCGGUACGGAUUCAGGCCUGGUUCCGAGGCUACAGAGUCCGAAGGGACUUACUUAAAAAAAGAAAGACAAACACAGCGAAAAAAGGCGCCAAGGUGAAAGGAAAAGGCAAAAAGAAAUAACAUGUAUGUUACAAUCGGGAUUUAAUUCAGUGUCUAUAAUACAAUUGCUGUCCGGAAUGUUUC